AUGAGAGGACUGUGCAUUGUGGCAUUGCUUCUAGCAUUCGCGUUUGGCUCAGAGGUGCGCAUGCCACUUUUUGUACAAAAACCUGGUCAAACAGAGAGACUGCCUUUUGCUACUUUGAUUUACGAUGAGGAGCUAAGCUCUGUUAACGUAACCGACAUCAACGAGUCGCUUCAAGAGGAUUCAUAUUGUUUUGGUGCACACAUGAACGAAAACUAUUAUUCGUGUUUUUCCUACGUCAGGCUGAGGUAUCCCCUGCAUUAUGAUCUCUACUUGGACACAAAACACAACACACAUCUCUUGUACAAAUUGUCGCUGAAACCCAACCCGAAAGCCGACGGCAUUCAGACGUCGAUACGAGAACCUCAACAGGGACCCGAAUCACCACCUGUUAAGCUCCGGAGAAUUACAAAGACUUAUGAGGAUAAGAGAUCCAAACUUGGUUCAGCGAGUGCUGCUUUCGAAGAAGACGUCGAAGUAGACGAACGCACGUUCUUGCAAAAGAACUGGAAGUACAUGCUCAUUGGUCUAGUGCUUUACGCCGUAAUUAUGUCCGGCAACAGCCAGUAG